AUGUGCUGAGGUCACCACUUUUACGACGUUCGGCAGUUUCCUCCCAGAUUUCUCAGGAAACCAGAGGGCAAAUAACAAGAAAAGCAUGUGUGGGUGUUAGGAGUCAUCUGUUCGGUUGACCUUGCUGCCCCUGAACACGGAGCCGCCGCCUGCUUAACCCCCAGCUGUCCAUUUGUCCAGUGAGGCUCAUUCCACACCAUGUCUGCAGAGGUGGAGAACAGCGCUCCCACCGCGGCCGAUGCCACCACCGCGUCCCCGUCGACAGCCUCGACCAAUGAUGCUACCAGCUCCCCUACAGUCGCAUCCAAGGUCCCGUUCAAGAAAGAGAAGAAGAAAGUUCCAGAGAAGACAGAUGAGUACCUGCUGGGCAGGUUUCAAGGGGAUGGUGUGAGGUACAAGGCCAAGCUGAUUGGCAUUGAUGAUGUCCCAGAGGCCAGAGGAGACAAGAUGUGCCAGGACUCCAUGAUGAAACUUAAGGGUAUGGCAGUAGCUGCUCGGUCCCAAGGCAAACACAAACAGAGGAUCUGGGUCAACAUUUCCAUGUCGGGCAUCAAGAUCAUUGACGAGAAAUCAGGAGUGAUUGAACACGAGCAUGUGGUGAAUAAGAUCUCCUUCAUAGCCAGAGAUGUAACGGACAACAGGGCAUUUGGAUAUGUGUGUGGAGCAGAAGGGCAGCAUCAGUUCUUUGCCAUUAAGACUGCACAACAGGCAGAGCCCCUGGUUAUUGAUCUGAAAGAUCUCUUCCAGGUCAUCUUCAACAUAAGGAAGAAAGAGGCCGAGGCACAGAAGGGUGAAAAUGGCAGCGCUGUGGUUGAGAAUGGCGGCAAUGCCUCGGGAGGUGAAGCAAAAACUACUCAACCAGUGGAGCAGCUUGACCUUUUUGGAGACAUGUCGACCCCUCCAGACAUCCAGGCUCCAAAUGACUCUAAUGAUAUUCUCUUGCUGGACUUUUCCGCUGAAGUUGACAGCAAUCAGAAUUGCAUAAAGGGAAACUCCUUUGUAACUUCCUGUGCCCCUGACCAUAUGACAUCUCCCCAGACAGAGAAUCCCUUUUCCUCAACAUUUGGCUACUUUCCAACUCCAGACAGUGACCCUUUCAGAGAUGACCCCCUUUCUAAAUCCCCCACUUGGUCUGAACUCGAUAAUUCACAGAUCCCCCUCACCACCGCGAAUCGCCUGAACAGCACUGCGGGCAACACAUGUAAGACAAUUAUUAACGGUGGUUUGAACGGAGACUCUGAACACCUCAGUCAGCAGAUAAACGGGUUAUCCAGUAAGACCAUGAUCCUCGCUCUCAGUAAUGGACUGUGGCCACUAGGGGGUAAAAUAACUCAGGGCAACACCAUUACCAUGAUAGACGGGAAUGAAUCUGGAGCAGUUCCCUCGACCAAAAACCCAUUUUUUGACUCAUCUUUGAAUGCUGCCCCCGUCUCUAAUGGCGUAACUCAUCACCCACAACCCCCAGUGGCUCAUAGUAAGGACUCAGUUGUCAUAAGCCCACCACCGCAGAGCUCUAAGGCCGGACGAGGUCGAAGGAGCGCAAAGUCCACGGCGAGUGACCUGUUUGGAGUAGAUCUGUUUGCUGCUCCUGCUCAGUCUGAAGUCUCACCUGCUUCAGCGGUCCUUUUCAACAACACACCUGUCACCUCCACUCCCUCCUCCUCCAUAGCUGCUCUGGGGAAUCUUCAGUUAGGCCCUCCAGCUACCACAGGUAUCCCUGCUGCAGGCAUGUGGGGAGCCCCAGUCGCUGCCCCUUCCAUGUUCCCCAUGCCAGGAGUGACUGCUCCAGGCCCAAUGCCCACCUACCCACAGCCCUCUGCCUUUGGUGGCCUCCCCAUACCACCCACAGCUUGGGGCCAGCCUGUGACACCUCAAUUCGGUGCCGCACCCUUAUCCCCCCACCUCAACUGGAGCCAACCUGUAGGAGCGGUUCCACUGGCAUCUCCAGGCUGGGGUCAGCCCAACAUGACCAAUCCGUUCCAGUCUGGCCCGUCGCGCCCCCCUCCCAGGCCACCGGCCCCUCCAAAGGUAGAGAACAGUGCCUUCACAGCGUUGGAUCCCCUUGGAGAUAAAGAAAAGAAGAUUGGAAAGGACAUGUUCAAGGACUUCCAGCUCGCCAAACCGCCCGCCAUCCCAGCCAGGAAAGGGGAGCUGGCGCCCAACUCUGCUCCCAGCAGCAACGAAGCUGGGGCGUUCGAUCAGUAUUUUAACAGCAAAGUGGGCCUGCCGCAGGAUACCGCAGAUCACGAUGACUUUGUUAUCAAUCAAAUUACAGCAGCUCCUGCUCCUGCUCCUGCUCCAGCUGCAGCCCCAGCUCCGAGCUUUAACCCCGGCCUCCUUGAUGCCGCCUUCUCUUCUGCUCCUGUCGCAAACAAUUCAGCACCAGCCCAGGGACCCAAUCAGGACAUGUUUGAUCAAGCAUUUGGGGCCCCUGUAGCCAUGCAGACUGCUGCUGUUGGUCAGACUUCUGGUUCAACAGCUGCUUUCGGGGAUCGUUUGGGAAAUCCCUUCGCUUGACCCGAGCUUUGUACAAAAUUGAAAUGGAGCGAAUGGAGAUUUUCACAUGAAAUAACAUCUUUGGGACAAGCUGCUACAGUGCGCGCAAGACAAUCCAGAUGAUGAACAUUUCUAACUCUUGUCCCUGACCCACCCUUCUUUUACACCUCCACCUCUGAUGUUUUUUUUUGUUUUUUUUUACUAUCCAAUCAGUAGUUCCCUUAUUUCUGAAGACCACUGAUCUAAGAAGUAAAUGUAAUGUCCUGAUCUGCUGAAGAAGGAAAUGUGGUGUGUGUGAGAGAAGGCGCGUCCAAAGAGGUUCACUGCUGAUGCUGUCUGUGUUGAAGAAAUAAAAUAAUACAAUCAUAA